UGUUGUUGUGUGUGGUUACUGAUCUUCCUCCGUCUCUGUCUGUGUCAGAUCGCUUCGGACUCAUCCAUCAGGCCAUGCGGAUCUUGAACACGGGCACAGAGGUGGAGGCGGCCGUGGCAGACGCUCUGCUUUUAGGAGACUCCAGGACCAAGCGGAGGCCGAUGCGCCGGCGUUACGAAUCUCCCGGGAUGUACUCGGAUGACGACGCCAACAGCGAUGCAUCCAGUGCCUGCUCCGAACGCUCCUUCAGCUCCCGUAACGGCGCCGCCCCGCAGUACCUGCGUCAGACGGAGGACGUGGCCGAGAUCCUGAACCACUGCGCCAGCUCCAAUUUUUCCGAGAGGAAAGAGGGGCUGCUGGGACUCCAGAGCCUCCUGAAGAGCCAAAGAGUGCUCAGUCGUGUGGAGCUGAAGAGACUGUGUGAGAUCUUCACCCGGAUGUUUGCAGAUCCUCACAGCAAGAGGGUGUUCAGCAUGUUCCUGGAGACGCUGGUGGACUUCAUCACGUUGCACAGAGACGAUCUUCAGGACUGGCUCUUCGUUCUUCUCACGCAGCUGCUGAAGAAGAUGGGCGCUGAUCUUCUGGGCUCCGUUCAGGCCAAAGUUCAGCGGGCCCUCGACGUCACCAGGGACUCUUUUCCGUACGAUCAGCAGUUCAACAUCCUGAUGCGGUUCAUCGUGGAUCAGACUCAGACCCCAAAUCUCAAGGUGAAGGUGGCCAUCCUGAAGUACAUCGAGUCUUUGGCCAGACAGAUGGAUCCGUCAGACUUCGUGAACUCCAGCGAGACUCGGUUAGCCGUCUCUCGAAUCAUCACGUGGACCACGGAGCCGAAGAGCUCAGACGUCAGGAAGACGCUUCAUCUCUGGCUGAAUGAGGAGGCGUCGGGCAGGAGCUCCACGGUGGCCUCACUGCCGGGGGAAAGUAACCUGGAGGAGAGAUGUAAGCAGGCUGCUCAGAUGGUUCUGAUCGCCCUGUUUGAGCUGAACACCCCAGAGUUCACCAUGCUGUUAGGAGCUCUGCCCAAAACCUUCCAGGACGGAGCCACUAAACUCCUGCACAGCCAUCUGAAGAACAGCAGUAACGCUGCUGCAGUGUCUCAUGCGUCUCCCAGCGGCAGCAUCAGUGUGGGACGCACCCCUCCACGACACCCAGUGACCCGCAGCAGCCCGCUGACCUCACCCACUAACGGCUCACACGGGGGUCUGUCACCCAGUCGUUUGUGGGGCUGGAGCUCAAAGCCUUCUUCUAACCUCCCUCCUCCCCACCCCGGCCCAGCCACCCCCCCUCUCCGGGCCUAUCGGAGGGCGUAUUCGCCCAGUAUGUUGGAGUACGACUCCGAGAACAUGAACUCUGAGGAAAUCUUGAGCUCAUUGAGAGGUGUAACCGAAGCCAUCCAGAGCUUCAGUUUCCACAGUAAGGAAGACAUACUCGAGCCCAUCAAACAUGACGGCAAGAGGGAAGAUACAACCGGUGUGGAUCCUCGUUUGUCUGCUGGUGUGAUGGAAGGAGGCCGGACGGCGCUGGACAACAAGACGUCAUUAUUAAACACACCAUCUUCUCGAUCGAUCAGUGGCCCUUGGGCUCGCGAUUACAACCCAUACAACUACAGCGACUCCAUCAGCGCCUACGAGAAAGGAGCUCUCGCUGUGUUUGACGACGUGGAGCACAUCCCAGACGGUCGUCCACAGGACUGCGCAGAAAACAAAAUCCUGCAUCCGAAAGGUUAUUCUGCAGGACCCGGGCCGCACCUGGAGAUGAUUGGUGAUCUGCUGAAGGAGCUGUCCAAUCACAGCGAGCGUGUGGAGGAGAGGCGGGCCGCUCUGCUAGAGCUGCUGAAGGUCACGCGUGACGACAGUCUGGUCGUGUGGGAAGAGCAUUUCAAAACCAUGCUGCUGCUGCUGCUGGAGACGCUGGGAGACAGAGACCACACCAUCCGAGCGCUGGCUCUGCGCGUCCUGAAGGAGAUCAUGCGCAGUCAGCCGACGCGCUUCAAGAACUACGCAGAACUCACCAUCAUGAAAACCCUGGAGGCCCAUAAAGACUGUCACAAAGAGGUGGUGCGGGCGGCAGAAGAAACGGCGUCCACGCUGGCCGGAUCCAUCCACUCAGAGCAGUGCAUCAAAGUCCUGUGUCCCAUCAUCCAGACGGCAGACUACCCCAUCAACCUCGCCGCUAUUAAGAUGCAGACCAAAGUAAUCGAGCGCAUUCCCCAGGAUUCACUGAUUCAGCUCCUGCCAGACAUCAUCCCUGGACUCUUACAGGGUUAUGAUAACACCGAGAGCAGUGUGCGUAAGGCCAGUGUGUUCUGUUUGGUGGCCGUUUAUUCAGUCAUCGGUGAAGAUCUGAAGCCUCAUCUGCAGCAGCUGACCGGCAGCAAGAUGAAGCUCUUGAAUCUGUACAUCAAGCGAGCUCAAGCCACCAACAGCACCAGCAGCAGCUCUUCAGACGUCUCGUCUCACAGCUGAAUCACUCCUCCAAGCGUCCUCUCCCGUCGUUUAACACAUUUGCGAGUAGAUGCACGUGAUUCAGUGUUAACAGGUGCAAACACUUUAUGUGUGUGUGUGUGUGUGUGCAGCAGUUGGCCUCUGUGUGUAAGAUAAUCAGUUCCCAUUGCUCUUUUGCCAUUGCUGUGGCAUCUAUCGUCCUUAAAUUCAAAGCACACGUGAUGCUCUUUCCGAUCGGCCAAUCAGAAAUCGUCUUACCUCACAUCAUUAGUGAAUGUUACGCCCAUUUUUUUACGCCUUUAGUCUGCCUCAAGGAUGCUCUUUUAGUGACUAGAAUCAUUUUUGGGCAUUUAAGAAUAUGCAAGAACCGAGAUUGUAUUUGUACAGUAUUUGUUUUAUUUCCGGCCAACAGGCGAAGAGCUUUCGACUAAGAACGAUGAAUAUUAGCGCAAAUUUAGUUCGAAAUCUCACAUUCCAGCGCCGCACAGAAAAACCUCGAUUAGUCAUCAACACUAACAUGGAGAUUCAUGACAAAUGUCUCCUUUUUUUUCAUUUAAGGACCACGUUGAUGUUUUUUGUGCGUGCAAUAUACAAUUCGAUAACAUGAGAUAAAAAUAAUGCCAAAAUUAAACUGAAUCAUUACAUUAAAGAUUCACUUACACACACACACAUGCACUAAAUUUAUGAUAUGAAUCAACGUAAAAGCAGAACUUUUGAGAGCGAUAAUUGUAACUAAAAAUAAUCCAAAUUGGAUUUAGACUCGUUAAACUGUUGUUUUAACCCAGUUGUUGUGGUUUCGGAAAGGUUUGCGCCUGUUUGUGCCGUUUAAAGUGCUAAGUUAGUCUUUUUGUACCCGGUUUUAAAUCUUGGUGCUUAAACGAAUCACUCUGUGCUUCUGCUGGACGUUUAACUUCAGAUUUAAUUCGUUUCUCCUUUCCGCGCUUUGCUUUUAAAGGCCUUACGAAAAGAGAAGUCACAUUAUUCACUCUUGUUAGAAAUCCCAAAGAACAUUCCACACAGAAAAACGUGUUUUUGUGAAGUGAAUCAUCUACGAUCCUUCUAAUAAUGAUUCAUUUAGAAUAAAAAAGAGAGAAUGUAUUUUAAACGAAGAUAUCUGGACUCUGCAUGCAUGCAAUCGAUUCACACAGCGCUGAACCACACAAACAUCAACACUGUUAUUAUAUGUGAAGCUGAGAGAAUCAAAUAUGAUAUUUGUGAAUACUUUAUAAGGCACUAGAUACAGUCCUGCUUGAAUCUUUAAUUCAGUUUGACAAGAGCGACUCAGAUCAUUGAGUAAACCCCUAGUUAACUGAGUUUUGCAUCAACGCUUCGCUAAAGUAGACUGAGACAUGUUUAAUAUCCACGUCUGUAUUUAUUUGACACUGCGGCUGUAUAUAUGACCUGGUUUGGUUCAUGUUCACCUGUGUAGAAUUUGCUCUAGAUAAACCCAACCUGAGUUUUCCA